AUGGGCGAUUUACCCCCAGAACGUGUCAUCGAAGCACCUGUGUUCCAGCGUGUUGGCGUGGAUUACUGUGGCCCAUUCAGCAUUCAAUACCCACAACGGAAAGCUCGUCCUGUCAAAUGCUUUAUUGCUGUGUUUGUUUGCCUUGUUGUGAAGGCAGUUCACUUGGAGAUUGUUGGUGAUCUUACGUCGAAUGCUUUUAUCGCUGCCUUGAGAAGGUUCAUCGGUCGUCGAAGCAGGCCUGAGAUCAUUAUGUGUGACAACGCCACAAAUUUCCGAGGGGCACGACGCGAAUUGGACGAGCUACGAGUUCUUUUCAACACCCAAGAGUUUGCCCAGAAUGUCUCUCGAGAAGCUGCAGCAGAUAACAUCAACUUCAAGUUUAUUCCUCGUAGAACUCCCAACUUUGGUGGCCUGUGGGAGUCCGCCGUCAAGUCGGUAAAAGCACAUCUGAAGCGAACAAUUGGAGCAACAACCUUGAAAUUCGACGAAUUCUUCACACUGGUUGUUCAAAUUGAGGCUUGCCUUAAUUCACGCCCACUCACACCGCUAUCAAAUGACCCUGAAGAUCUUACUGUCCUCACACCUGGCCAUUUCAUCGCCGCUAGGCCACUCAUGGCCUUACCAGAGCCGUGUCUUGGACACUUGAACGAAACAACACUCUCGAGAUGGCAACGUGUGCAAAAUUUCCUUCAACAUAUUUGGAGCAGAUGGUCCAAGGAGUACUUAGCCAAUCUGCAAACCCGCAACAAGUGGAAUAAACAGCGGGAUAAUUUGGUCGUCGGAACAAUGGUUGUGCUGCGAGAGGACAACGUACCCCCACUGAAGUGGCUCAUUGGCAGAGUAAAAAUGGUUUACUACGGAAAUGACGGUAACGUACGGGUUGUCAAGGUCCAGACCCAGAACGGAGAAUUCACCAGAGCUGAUGUGGAGGCCUAAAAUCUUCCACAAUCACCAUCCACGAUACUCGUCCUGUGGUUUCGUACAGACCGCAGAAGCAAUCGCUGUCCAUUGAAGUUCAAUCGUAUCACCCAUGAUGUCAGAUCAGCCCAUCGUAGAAAUCACCAUGUAUCCUGCUCGACUUAAGCUCGAACCUUAUCAAUUUGUUGU